UUUCAAGCUGGAAACCCUGCAUUUGAGCAUAUUUUGCUUUUCGUUAUGUUACUGAAAUAAUAUCAAUAACAAUUAUUGCUGCAAACACAGAAGUUACUUUAUCAAAUAUAGUUUAUUCAAUAAUAACUUUAUUCUAAGCUUUGGCCUUAUAUCUUGUUAGAUUUAGAUACAAUAAUUACGUCUACACUGUUUUAUAACCACAAAUUGUCUCUAGGUUACAGGCUUGGCAGGUGAUUUAUGUUUAUAAAUAUCUAAAUAAGUUAUUGUAAUCAUCCGCUAUUAUCUAAGGUCUCGCCGAAUGAUUAGAUUACUUGCCAAAAAAUAUUCAGUGAUCAGUUUUACGUUUACUGUGUCGUUACAACAUGGAAAAUCAUAUCAGACUUUACAAUGAGAUUGCAGACUCAGUAUAUCAAACAGAGAAUGUGAACACUGAUUCUUCUUCUGAGCAGGUUUAUGUUGAGAAUAUGGUUUUGAAAAUGUAUAAAAAGUUUGAAAAGGACUCAGCCAUAGACCCUGAUUUACCUCUGUUGAAGCGAGACGUUCAUGCUAAAGUAUUAAAAAGCUCCUUAAAAUCAUUACCAAUAAGCUAUGAGUGCUUGGAUGCAAGUAGAACCUGGCUUGUCUAUUGGAUUCUACAUUCUCUAUGGAUUUUGAAUGAUAUGCCUGAUGAUGAAACUCUUUCUCACACAGUAGAGUUCUUAUCUCAAUGUCAGCAUCCAGAGGGUGGAUAUGGAGGUGGUCCUGGACAGUACUCCCAUCUUGGUACAACAUAUGCAGCAAUAAAUGCCCUGAGCAUCAUUGGUACAGAUGAAGCCUAUGACUCAAUUGACAGAAGCAGUUUACAAAAGUUUUUAUGGACAGUUAAGGAAGUUGAUGGGUCAUUUGCACUACACAUAGGUGGAGAACAAGAUAUCAGAGGUGCUUACUGUGCAAUAAGUGUAGCAAAAAUAACUAAUAUUUACACAGAUGCUUUAUUUGACAAAACUGCUGAGUGGAUAGUGAGUUGUCAAACAUAUGAAGGUGGGUUUGGGGGUUGUCCAGGUAUGGAAGCACAUGGUGGAUAUGCUUUCUGUGGAAUAGCAGGACUAGCUUUGUUAAAUAGGACACAGUUAUGUGAUGUUGAUGCUUUGCUCAGAUGGGCUGUGAAUAGGCAAAUGAAGACUGAAGGUGGGUUUCAAGGCAGAACUAAUAAACUCGUUGAUGGCUGUUACUCCUUUUGGCAAGGCGGCAUUUUUCCUAUAAUUAGUGCAAUACUUUCACAAGAAAAUAAGGAAUUAAUAGAAACUGUGCUUUUUAAUCAAGGUGCCUUACAAGAAUACAUUCUAAUAUGCUGUCAAUGUAAUGAUGGAGGACUCAUUGAUAAGCCUGGCAAGCCCAGAGACAUUUACCACACUUGUUAUGGUUUAAGUGGUUUAUCAGUAGCCCAGCAUGGUACAGGGGCAAGGGACCCAUUUGUUGUGGGCUCUCCAAGUAAUGAGCUGAACAGGGUCCACCCGCUUCAUAAUGUUGCACCACAUCUUGUUUAUAAUGCUAUACAUUAUUUUAUAAGACAUCCGCCACCAGUUAAGGACAAAAAUUAAUCCAUACAUAUAUUUUUUUUUUAUAUUUACAUCUUUUUUGUCAUAAUCAACUUUGUGAGAAAAUAAGAGAUUGUCGAUUGAACUCUGCAUUAAGCAAAAGUAGUUGCUUUGCAAUUGACUGCUAUGGCACCAAACAUUAUUGUUCUUAUUGUAGGGUGAUGGAUGUUGUAUCAUGUGGUGUGUAAUAUUACAUUUUUUAUAGGCUGUAGCCAUUGUUAUGGCAUAACCAAGAAACCGCCUAUAAUGCAAUACCUAUAUAAUAUCUGAUUUAAACAAGGACAUGUUCUAGCACUGAAGAAAUAUCAUUAAAUGAAUUCAUUCAAAUGUCUCGGUGUGAGGAGAAAAUGAAUUCUUUAGAUAAAUUGAAGGUACAUAGUUACACUGACAGUACAUAAUAUGAAUUUUCUGAUCAUAUGUGGUCCAUAAUAAUAAGAAGAUAAAGUGAUGCACAUGCAAAAUAUCUAAUCUCUACACAUCCAAGAAUUCUAGAUCGUAUUCUUAUGUAAUAUUAGUGAUUUGUCGCACGGUUUCCUCCAUCAAUCAAAAUAGGAAUUUAAGACAGAGAGGAUGCCCUUCUCUUUUGCGGUGUGGACUGGGCACCUACAUAAAGAUACCUUUUGUACGACAUUCAGCUGUCUGCAAUCGCUUAAUUACGCAGGAAAAUAUUAAGACACGUGAAAUACCUACUAUAGAAUCCCGCAGAUUGUAUACGAGUUGUGAUGCAUAUACGCAUUUAUAUUCGCGUCAUUCUGCACGAAACUCAAUUGUUUGAGAUUGUAUGAAAAAAGAACACCGAAAAUUUAAAUAAUUUAAAUUGCACUCAGCAUUAAAAAGAAUCGUAAACUUGAUUACAAUAAAUAUUGUUAUCCAACGUGCCCUCUCCUGUAGCAAAACGUUGCUCUAUAAAAUGACUAAGUUCGUUGCUGGACGAGAUUAUUACAAAAAAUGAUUUGUCUCAACAUAACUCGCAUUGCAGCUUAGUUUCAUUCAGAAUUUUGAAAUCGUACAGUUCUGAAUGUAUUGCUACUUGAGCUUAACGUACGAGAUCUUAAGCCGAAGAGUGAAGACAUAGGAAAAAGGAAAAUUGUGAACAGGUCGACGAAAAUGAAAUAAGUAUAGGACCGGACAAUAUGGGUUACUGUUUAAUUUAAAAUUCUUAAGAUAUUAAAAACAAGGGGUGGGCAACUUUCAAACGCGGUUUUUGUUAGUGCUCCUACAGACCAGCAUAAUAUAUAUGUACAGUCAUGACUGAUGUAAGUACUAUAAGCACCCAGUAGCCACAGAACGAACAUGUCCGAAGCGACCAAAAUAGUACUUAGGUAAUAUUUUUAUCCCUCAAGAAUCGAGAAACCGAAUGAAAUGCCAGUUUCAAUAAUAGUAAAUCAGACUACACCUUCACGUUUACAGUAAAAGAGUUAGCGAGGUCGCCGUCUAAACUGGAAUCCCUUAAUAUGGCAGAUUUGACAUGGGUGGGAUAUACCUACGCGAUAAACCGAAUGUUUCGUUUCUAUAUAUUAUUGUUAUGUGUGGGCAGGAAGACGAGAUAGCAGAAAUGAGGCCAAGACGCCAAUCUGAACUCUAAACGAGUCAAUCAGAUAAUAAAAUUAUAGCAUAAACAUGAACCCCAUAUGAUAAUCGCGUACCAGUGUUGGGCAAAGGAACAUAAAAGUUUUCAAUUAAUUAUUGACCAAUUACGAUUAAUUUAGUCACAAAUAAUGUAAGUGGGACUUAUUUAGACAUUAUUGAAAGCUUUAAUCAUUAUGACUAAAGUAAUUAGUUAUCAACUAUUCCAUCGCUAGUUUCAAUCAUAACUUUAUGGCUUAAUGAUUCUGCUAAAUGAACAGACCCGUAGAAACAAAAAACACAUAGGUAUCGUAAUAGCGCCGAUGUUCGACAAGCACAUAACUAUCGACACUUUAUUUUUUAAUCUUUCCGAGAUCAAGUCCUAAUGUGUAUUUUUCCGAAAUUAAUUGUAGCCUAUGUCCUUGCCAGGGUCUUUAAACUAUCUCCAUACUAAAUUUGUUCGAAAAUGUCGCAGAUAGAGACCUUGGCAUUUAAGUAUAAACUUACAUUAGGCUCAUGGCUCCGCCUGCAUAAAGAUCUUUUCCUGCAACCAAAGUCUCUAAACCCCUGCAGCGAUACAUAGCGCUAUAUAAGAAAACAGAUUACAUGAGAGCAAAAUUUCAGGAUAAAAAGUAGCCUGUGUUAUUUCAGGUCAGGACAUAGCUUAUCUGUGUGACAAUUUUCAUCCAAAUACGGUCGGCGCAUUCCGUUUACUUCUAACAAACAUCCAAAUAUGUAUUUUCACAAAUUAUUGCAUUUUGUAAUUUAAUUAGGAUUGAAAUCUGUAUUUACUGAUUAUGGUUUACUAAUUUUCAGAAUUGGUUAUAAGUCAUCCAUCAUGAUUUACGUGUUCAAUCAUUAGUCAAAUACAAACUAAAUGUUGCCCAACACUCCUGACUUAUAGAAGUCCCGGAUUUUCUUGGAAUUUAGUGCUUGCCGGGUCCUACGCCAUUCGUCGACACGACAAUCGGCCUUUUCUAUUGCCAGCUUAAUAAUGAAGGGGUUAAGGUGGAUUCGGGUUCAUUUCUUUUGCUAACCGGCGACUAUUGAAAGAUUUCAUCGGAUCUCUUUAGCCUUCGAAUAUUGACCGCACUCGGCAAAGCAGCUGCAGCAUACUUUCUAAGCACCGCUUUAAUUCAUCUUCAUGUUCAGGAAGAGGAAAUGCAGGGAUAAGACUAACUAGGUCCCUAGCCCAUUUGUUUGGUGCAGCGAACCCUAAGGGGAGUUAUGGCCAGAUCCUCGGAUAGAGUUCUAUCACCCACUAGCUGCGUUAGUGUUGAGUAAUCAAGAGCCCGUUUUAAAAAUCCUCUAACCCUUUUCAUAGUACCUGGUAGCAAAGGUACGAAACUUGCAAUUUAGUAUGUAGACAUGGUUACGUUUGGAUUGUUGGGUGUAUAAGUUUAUUACUUAAUUAUAAAAACUGUUAAUGAAAGAAAAAAAUAUAUAAGUAACCUAUUUUAAAAUUACAACAAGAUCUUUAUUUUAAUACGGUAACAUUUUCCUUGAAAACUUAAUUUGUGUGCAUAUUUAAUUAAACGUUAUUGAUUAA